AUGGGGGAUUUCGCAGCCCCCGCUGCUGCCGCGAAUGGCAGUAGUAUUUGCAUCAACAGUAGCCUGAACAGCAGCCUCGGCGGGGCCGGGAUCGGUGUGAAUAAUACUCCCAAUAGUACUCCCGCUGCUCCGAGUAGCAAUCACCCCGCUGCCGGCUGCGGCGGCGGCGGCUCCGGGGGCCCCGGCGGCGGCUCAGCGGCGGUCCCCAAGCACAGCACCGUGGUGGAGCGGCUCCGCCAGCGCAUCGAGGGCUGCCGGCGGCACCACGUCAACUGCGAGAACAGGUAUCAGCAGGCUCAGGUGGAGCAGCUGGAGCUGGAGCGCCGGGACACCGUGAGCCUCUACCAGCGGACCCUGGAGCAGAGGGCCAAGAAAUCGGGCGCCGGCACGGGCAAGCAGCAGCACCAGAGCAAACCCCAGCAAGAUGCGGAGGCUGCCUCGGCGGAGCAGAGGAACCACACGCUGAUCAUGCUCCAAGAGACUGUGAAGAGGAAGUUGGAAGGAGCUCGAUCACCACUUAAUGGAGACCAGCAGAAUGGUGCUUGUGAUGGGAGUUUUUCUCCAACGAGCAAGAGAAUACGAAAGGACAUUCCUACAGGAAUGGAAACCCUCAAUAUGCCACUGCCUUCAGCUUCUCCUCUUCACCAACUUGACCUGAAGCCUUCUUUGCCCUUGCAGAAUAGUGGGACUCACACUCCUGGGCUUCUAGAAGAUCUAAGUAAGAAUGGUAGGCUUCCAGAGAUCAAACUUCCUGUCAACGGUUGCAGUGACCUGGAGGACAGCUUCACCAUCCUGCAGAGCAAGGACCUCAAACAAGAGCCUCUAGAUGACCCUACUUGCAUAGACACAUCCGAAACGUCUCUUUCAAAUCAGAACAAGCUGUUCUCAGACAUUAACCUGAAUGAUCAGGAGUGGCAAGAAUUAAUCGAUGAGCUGGCCAACACAGUUCCUGAGGAUGACAUACAGGACCUGUUCAACGAAGACUUUGAGGAGAAGAAGGAGCCCGAAUUCUCGCAGCCGGCGACGGAGACCCCUCUCUCCCAGGAGAGUGCGAGUGUGAAGAGCGACCCCUCUCACUCUCCUUUUGCACACGUCUCCAUGGGAUCUCCCCAGGCGAGGCCCUCCUCCUCCGGCCCUCCCUUUGCUACGGGCGCCACGGCCGCGAGUUUGCCUUCGGCGGCCAGCACUCCCGCAGCUCCAAACCCCGCCAGCUCACCAGCAAACUGUGCUGUCCAGUCCCCUCAGACUCCCAGCCAAGCGCACGCUCCAGGCCAAGCCCCACCCCGGCCUGGAAACGGCUAUCUCCUUAAUCCGGCAGCAGGGACCGUGGCCGGUGCCGCGGCGGGCCCCGUGGCCGUGGCCAGCUCCGACAUGUCGCCAGCGGAGCAGCUCAAGCAGAUGGCCGCGCAGCAGCAACAGAGGGCCAAACUCAUGCAACAGAAGCAGCAACAGCACCACUCAAACCAGACCUCCAGCUGGUCGCCCUUGGGGCCCCCGUCCAGCCCCUACGGAGCAGCUUUCGCUGCGGAAAAACCAAAUAGCCCAAUGAUGUACCCCCAAGCCUUUAACAACCAAAACCCCGUAGUGCCUCCCAUGGCAAACAACCUGCAGAAGACGACAAUGAAUAACUACCUCCCUCAGAACCACAUGAAUAUGAUCAAUCAGCAGCCAAAUAACUUGGGUACCAACUCCUUAAACAAACAGCACAAUAUUCUCACCUACGGCAACACUAAGCCUCUGACCCAUUUUAACGCGGACUUGAGUCAGAGGAUGACCCCCCCGAUGGCCAACCCCAACAAAAACCCGGUGAUGCCCUACAUCCAGCAGCCGCCGCCGCCACCGCAGCCGCAGCAGCAGCAGCCACCGCCGCCGCCGCCGCCGCCGCAGCUCCAGGCCCCCAGGGCGCACCUGAGUGAGGAGCAGAAGCGCAUGCUUCUCAUGAAGCAGAAAGGAGUGAUGACGCAGCCCAUGGCUUACGCCGCGCUUCCAUCCCACGGUCAGGAGCAGCACCCAGUUGGACUCCCCCGGACCACAGGCCCCAUGCAGUCCUCGGUGCCGCCAGGCUCGGGCGGCAUGGUGUCAGGGGCCAGUCCCGCGGGCCCUGGCUUCCUCGGCAGCCAGCCCCAGGCAGCCAUCAUGAAGCAGAUGCUCAUUGACCAGCGGGCCCAGCUGAUGGAGCAGCAGAAGCAACAGUUCCUGCGGGAGCAGAGGCAGCAGCAACAACAACAGCAGAUUCUGGCCGAGCAGCAGCUGCAGCAAUCAAAUUUACCCCGUCAGCACCUCCAGCAGCAGCGGAAUCCCUACCCUGUGCAGCAGGUCAAUCAGUUCCAAGGUUCUCCCCAGGAUAUAGCAGCCGUGAGAAGCCAAGCGGCCCUCCAGAGCAUUCGAACGUCACGGUUGAUGGCACAGAACGCAGGCAUGAUGGGAAUGGGACCCUCCCAGAACCCAGGGACGAUGGCCGCGGCAGCAGCCCAGUCAGAGAUGGGACUGGCCCCUUAUAGCAACACACCUACCAGCCAACCAGGAAUGUACAAUAUGAGCACAGGGAUGACUCAAAUGUUGCAGCACCCAAACCAAAGUGGCAUGGGCAUCACACACAACCAAGCCCAGGGGCCCAGGCAGCCCACCUCUGGGCAAGGGGUUGGGAUGGUGAGUGGUUUUGGUCAGAGCAUGCUGGUGAACUCAGCCAUUACCCAGCAGCACCAGCAGAUGAAAGGGCCGGUGAGCCAAGCCCUGCCAAGGCCCCAGGGCCCGCCAAGGCUGCAGAGCAUUAUGGGAACAGUCCAGCAGGGAACGCAGAGCUGGCCACAGAGGAGCUUGCAGGGGAUGCCUGGGCGGACUAGUGGAGAAAUGGGAUCAUUCAACAAUGGCGCCAGCUACCCACUUCAGGCUGGCCAGCCGAGACUGACCAAGCAACACUUCCCACAGGGACUGAGCCAGGUUGUGGAUGCCAACACUGGCGCCGUGCGAACCCUCAACCCAGCUGCCAUGGGUCGGCAGAUGAUGCCGCCGCUCCAGGGGCAGCAAGGCAGCGGCCAGGCCAGACCCAUGGUCAUGUCUGGCCUAAGCCAGGGCGUCCCCGGCAUGCCAGCGUUCAGCCAGCCCCCAGCCCAGCAGCAGAUGCCCAGCGGCAGCUUCGCUCCCAGCAGCCAGAGCCAGGCCUACGAGCGGAACCCUGCUCAGGACAUGUCCUACAAUUACAGCGGCGAAGCAGCCGGGGCCUCCUUCCCGGGCCUCUCGGACAGUGCGGACCUCGUGGACUCCAUCAUCAAAGGCGGGCCGGGGGACGAGUGGAUGCAGGAGCUUGAUGAGUUGUUUGGGAACCCCUAG